AUGACAGUCUUCAUUGCUAAUGAAUACGUCUUCCACGUAAUCCGUUAUCUGGUCGUCACUCUCGACCCGAACGCGAAUUUUGAAACUGGAUCUGUGAAGAGCGUUGCGACACAAGCAGAAGAACUUAAGCAACAGCGAGGAGGCGAAGAAGCUUACAACGUAGCCAGGUGGGUAGCUCCCUUUGAAGAGGAGAGAGGUCCUUCGACGAACUAG